AGGAAACCAUAUAAAUAACGUUGCCUUAAUCUUUCAGAAAACCCCAGGCAGGCAAGAUGGCAAAAACCAGAAGAGCGGUGAAAACAUGUCUCAGCGUCCUGCCCAUUCUCCUCUCCGCCCCCAUCAUAGCGGCCGGCAUUUGGGCCAGCAAUUCCUGCGCCAAUUUCUAUUUCCAGCAGAUCAUAAUCUCAAUGGGAGCUUUGAUGUUCCUGGUGGGUCUGGUGGCCUGCUGCGCAAUAUCCACCGAGGAUGAGGAUGCGAGUGCCACUUAUUUCGGCACCACCUUUCUCUUGUUCCUCAUGGCCGUUGCGCUCUUCAUCGCCGCCUUCGUCGUCACCGGUUACUCCGGCUCCCCGCACUCGGUGCCCGGCCGGAAUUACGUCGAGUACCGCCUCGAUCACUUCGCCUUCUGGCUUCGCCGGAGGGUUAGCGGCUACUUCCGGUGGAAUCCCAUUAUUAGCUGCCUCACUGCUUCUAAUUGGUGUGAGAAGUUAGAUAAGACUCACUCCUCUUCUCAACAAUUGUUCACAGCACACCUCACCCCCUUGCAGUCAGGAUGUUGUAUGCCACCUGCAAAAUGUGAGUACACUUAUGUGAGCCCAACAAAUUGGAAAGUCUCAAAAGACAAUAAAACAGAUACUGACUGUCUGAAUUGGAGCAAUGAUCCAAGAAAGCUUUGCUACUCUUGUGAUUCAUGCAAAGCAGGAUUUCUAGCAGAUAUCAGGAAGAAAAUUAGAAUAGCAAAUCUCAUAAUGUUUAUUACCUUUUUGGUAGCAAUUGUUGUUUGUGUUGGAUCUUGUGUUAUAUUUACCAUGAAUUGAAACAGAUGUAAUAGUUGAGGAUCGACAUCCUGAUUGAAACACGGGUUGUUUUGAUUACUAUCACCACUGUAGAAUAUUGUAAAACAUUAUAUUACAAUUACAAUUAUUAAUGGCCACCUAUAUUAACAUCG